UGCUGCUGGUGCCCGCGAACGGGCUGGUAAUUGAGAACAGCCGUUUGUAUUUGCAGAGAGACUUCCUCGCUUCUCUUAAAGGCGCAGGCGGAGCCGCGGGAGAAGAAGCGAGCAUAUUAUUAUUUUUUUGUGUGUGCGAUUUUUUCCCUCCCGAUUGGGCGAGGAUAACAUAUAAGUAAUGUGUAAAACAAUCAGUGCAACAAUUUAAAAAAAAAACACGCCAUCUUGCGGGCAAAGUGGUUCGUUGGAUUUUCUCUCUCCACACUCUUUUGUAGCGCUCAAAGAAGUGGUCGCUUGCUCGCCAUGGCUUCCAAGUUUCUGCGGGCGGUGGUCUUGGGGCCCCCCGGCUCGGGCAAAGGCACCGUGUGCGAGAGGAUCGCCAAGAGUUUCGGCCUCCAGCACCUUUCCAGCGGGCAGUUCUUAAGGGAGAACAUCAGGGCCAACUCCGAUGUGGGCAUAUUGGCAAAGCAGUAUCUUGAGAAAGGCCUUUUGGUGCCAGAUCAUGUAUUCACACGUGUCAUGAUGACAGAACUGCAGAAAAUGCAGAGCCAGCCUUGGUUGCUUGAUGGUUUUCCAAGGACGUUGGGUCAAGCUGAAGCACUUGACAGAAUAUGUGAACUGGAUCUCGUAAUCAGCUUGAACAUCCCAUUUGAGACUCUGAAAGACCGCUUAAGUGCUCGUUGGAUUCACCCAGCUAGCGGGAGAGUGUACAAUAUGGAAUUCAACCCGCCUCAAGUAUAUGGUGUUGAUGAUGUUACUGGUGAACCAUUAAUCCAACGAGAGGAUGAUAAACCAGAAGCUGUUGCUGCCAGACUAAGAAAAUACAAAGAUGCUGCAAAACCUGUGAUUGAAUUGUACAAGAGCAGAGGGAUCCUGCACUCAUUUUCUGGGACUGAGACCAACAAAAUCUGGCCGUAUGUGUACACACUGGUGGCCAGCAAGAUUCGUCCAAUCCAAGCAGAAGAAGCAAACUAAGCAUCUCCAGAACAAGGAUGAAAAUUGAUACUGUACAUUUUUGUUUUGUUUAUGGUGUGCUGUAUCUGUGCUCUGCCCCUUUAAAAAAAGAGCUGUUGUUCCUGGUUUCUCCUGGAGAAUAACUGUGGAAACCCAUCCUGGUUGAAAGAUUGCAGUGUAGAGAAUCCUGGCUCUAAGUAGAUAAAGCAUUUGUGCAUGGAGUUCAAGUAGUUCUAACUGGUUAUGCAGAAACAGAUGUACCUGAGCAGGAAUACAGAACUGGGCCUUCUACAUACCGUGAAUGUUUUAUGAAUGUUUUGAAAGGAUUUAUUUAACAUUCCACAGUAGUUUAAAAAAAGAGUUCGCUAGAUGUAUCUUCCGUGCAACAAGUGCUUGGAAACUAUAUUGCAUUGCAUAGGUUAAACAAUAAAUGUGUUUUUGAGUGUUUAGUA